GGAGGGGGCCGCGGAUGAGGAAGUGAAGCGCAGCUGUUGGAGUGGUGGAAGCGAGAAUUGAAAACGGAGACACGAUGGCGGAAGCCCCGGUAGGGCCCGGCCGGAUUCCGGGAGGCGAGGCCGAAGGGGAGGAGGUCUCGCUCGUGGUCAAGAGCCCCGCGCAGCGGCACCCCGACCUCCGCCUGACCGCCCAGCGCUCGUGGAGCGUCCGUCGCCUCAAGGCUGAGCUCCGCCGCCGUCACCCGGACGCCCCGCCUGAAGACGUUCAGAGACUGAUUUAUUCUGGGAAGUUGUUACAGGACCAUCUUUACCUGCGAGAUGUGCUUGCCAAGCAGGAUAUGGUGCAUGCUCUCCACCUGGUGUGCAACUCAAAACUGCAAGAAACAGACGUGAAGGUUGUUGAAGCCAAGCAUCAGCCAGCAGCCUUUAGCCAAGACCCGCCAUUGCUUCCUUCAGUUCAUGCUUUGAGUCAGACGGACAUCCUCGGCAACCAGCCCCUUGGAGCAGAGAAUGCUGGCGAUAGAUCUGUACCGGCGCAGCACUGCUUUCAAGGCUAUUCAUCCUAUACAACAUACCGCAUGCUGCAGUUCUGGUUCCAUCAGUUUUAUGCAAGACAAUACUACAUGCAAUACAUGGCUGCCAGUGCUGUUUCUGGUGACGUAUCCUCUACACGAAGUACGCAGGAGAUCCCAGUUGCAGCCCCGGUUGCGGCCCCAGCUCCUCUUUCUGGUCCUUUUCCUGCUGAAAACCAGGCCGGAAAUCAAAACGUUCCCCCUCAGGUAAACCCAGGGGUGAACCAGAACCUUCGUAUGAAUGCCCAGGGAGGGGCUUUGAUGGAAGAAGAAGAAGAAGGCGGCAAUCGGGAUUGGCUGGACUGGCUCUACUCAGCAACCCUCUUCUACGUCUUCAUCAACAUUGUGUAUUUCUACUCCAGUAUGAGCAGGCUUCUCAUGGUGAUGGUGGGCACCCUGCUGAUGUACCUGCACCAGGUUGGAUGGUUUCCUUUCAGGCGGAGGCCAGCUCAGCCUGCUGAGAACAAUAUUCCUCUCCAAGCAGCUGUUAACCAAGACCAAAACAACAAUUUACAGCAGGAGGAAAAUGCGGGUGGUCAGGGUGAAAUGGAGGCACCUGACACCACACCAGAGAGUCAACCAGCACCGUCUUCGUUCAUGAGCACUGCCUGGCUUUUCUUCAAGACUUUCUUUGCAUCCCUCCUGCCUGAGGGACCCCCAGCUGUGGCCAACUAGCUGGCUGCUUAGCCACACAAAUAGCCAGUAAACUGCAGCUGUCUGUUUGCUGUGAGACCUUUGGCUGAGCAAGGACUGGACUGGACACCAGUUUGAAUGUUGGAAGUGGCCUGGUACCAAUGGACGAAAAGGAAUUAGUCUGCUUUCAAAAGCGAAAGACAGAGAUUGCAGCAGCCAUAAGACCAAAGUACAAGUAUGGUCCAGAGUGCCAGUGAAUUGUAUGGGAAACAUUGAGUGAAGGCCUACAGCAGUGUGCAAUUCUGUACUGAAUGCAUGUAAGGCUGUUGAUGGACCAG